UUUGGGGUGGGACGGUCGGUGUCGCUGGAGUGUCGGCUUUGUGGGUUGUAAUGCUGAAGCUGCUCGCACAGAAGGGAUCGAGGUCCAUGCAGAUCAUUGCAGUGCGAAAAGAGCAUGUGAGGAGGAUUGGCCUCUUGCUCUUGAUUAUAGUGGCUGUGGUUCUGUAUAGACUCAGGUUCCAUUGGAUAUCACUCACUCCAACAAGAAUGUACAGCCGAAAAACAGGCUUGCAGGCUGACAGAGAAUAUUUUCAAUUGGAGGGAAAUAAGUUUCUCAUCCUGGGUGGAUCGAUGCACUACUUUCGUAUUCCACGGGCAUACUGGGCAGACCGUAUGAUGAAGAUGAAAGCUUUAGGUUUGAACACUUUAGUAACGUACAUACCUUGGAAUCUUCAUGAACCACAGAGAGGAAUAUUUAAUUUCAAGGACAAUCUUGAUUUUGAGGCAUAUCUCAGAUUGGCCAAUGAUUUGGAUUUGUGGGUCAUUUUGCGUCCAGGACCAUACAUUUGUUCAGAGUGGGACCUUGGUGGUUUGCCCAGUUGGUUGCUGAGAGACAAGAACAUGAAACUGCGCACAACUUACGUUGGAUUUACUGAUGCGGUUGAUGACUUUUUUGAUGAACUGAUCCCAAAAGUUAUUCCCUUUCAGUACAAAAAAGGAGGCCCAAUCAUUGCUGUACAAGUAGAAAAUGAAUACGGUGGCUAUGACAAAGACCCAAAAUAUAUGAAAUUUGUAUAUGAGGCCCUAGUGAACAGGGGGAUCUCAGAAUUAUUCAUGACUUGCGACAACAAAGAUGGACUAAGUAAAGGAUCAAUUACAGGAGCUUUACCAACUAUCAAUUUUCAGAAGCUGGAUUCUGGAUUGACCCUUAUGAAAAAUCUAGAACCUGGCAAACCUAAGAUGGUAAUGGAGUAUUGGAGUGGUUGGUUUGAUCACUGGGGAAGUCAUCAUCACAUCUAUCGUGAAGGAAUGCUGAAUACUAUUGCAGCACUUUUAAACAAGGGUGUUUCCAUAAAUCUCUACAUGUUUCAUGGAGGAACUAAUUUUGGCUUUAUGAAUGGUGCUCAGGACUUUGGCACCUAUAUUGCUGAUGUAACCAGCUAUGAUUAUGAUGCACCCUUAUCUGAAUCAGGAGACUACACAGAAAAAUAUAUUCAAAUUCGUGAACUUUACAGCAAGUGGUUGGGUCAGGAGUUGCCUGAACAACCUGCUCAAAUGUAUAAAGCAAGAUACACCACCAUUCAUGUAAAGGAAUACGUUCCUUUGUGGAAAGCACUAAAUCAAUUAGAAAAGCCAAUUCAGAGUGAAAGGCCUAUAAAUAUGGAGAACCUUCCCAUCAACAAUGGCAGUGGACAAGCCUAUGGGUAUACAUUAUAUAACACAGUAAUAAAUAGUGGAGGAUUACUUCAUUCUGGUCAGAAUGUACGGGACAGAGCACAGGUCUUUGUCGAUGGCCAGUCAGUUGGUUUCCUAGAUUAUAAUAACAUAGAAUUGGCAAUCUCGACUGCUGUGGGAAAGCGAAAUUUGAGUCUUUUGGUGGAAAAUCGUGGUCGAGUCAACUAUGGUGACAAACUUGAUAACCAACGAAAAGGUAUCAUAGGUGACAUCUUUCUGAACAAGGAACCUUUGAAGGACUUUACGAUCUACCCCUUGGAGAUGAAAACAAAUUUUAUUGAGAGUUUCUCAGCCAUCCAGUUGAAUGCUGUUCCAAGUAAUCCGACUUUACCUGCAUUUUUCUAUGGUAUACUAUACGUGGAUUCGCUGCCUUAUGAUACCUUCAUAAAACUUAAGGGCUGGACAAAAGGAGUGGUUUUUGUGAAUGGAUUGAAUUUAGGCCGCUACUGGGAAAUUGGCCCACAGCAGACACUAUACAUACCAGCCCCGUGGCUACAGCAUGGCAGUAAUGAGAUUGUGGUUUUUGAAGAGAGCAAAGCUGGAAGAACAAUUGAGUUUUUAAACAAACCUGACUUGGGACCAGCUCAACAUGUAUGAAGACGAGAACACAGAACUUUUCUUGACUCCUUCUAGUUGGCUUUUUGGUCGAAGAAAGCAUUCAGUUGAACCAACGUCUGGUCAACACCACAUUCAGGUUUUGGAAUAAAGCCUUUAUUGGAAAGUACCAGAAUAACUUGUGAUUCACUUGGAUUGAUCUAUUACAGAAUUGUAUAAAGUUUAAAAUUACUCUGAUUAGAAGUGUAGAAAUGCCUGACACUGUUCUGAAAUCUCCUUUCCCACUGUUUUAGCAAAGUGGUUAACAUGUCUAAAGUUGUUGUGCUGCUACCUUUGCUGAAUUAGUGGCUGGAAAAAUUACAAAUUAGUGUCGUUUUUAAUGUAAUCUGUGUUACUAAUCCAUUUUGGGACUGAAAUUGGCAAAAUUAAUUUACUUUUUAUAAUCUCAUUGAAAUCCAUUUCGCCUCUGUUUUUAAAAUUUUUUCUUAUUACAAGUUAUAUUUCAAUAACAGAUAUUUGAAUGAGUUCCCCAUUCAAUAACAUUUAUAUGUUAUAACAUGGUGUGAAAUAUAAAAUAUGCAUAAGAACUAGGAGCAGGGUUGGCAGUUCAACCCCUGGAAACUGCUUCACCAUUCAAUAUGAUCACGGCUGUUCUGGGGCCCUUAAUGUCCAAAACCUUUCUGUUUUCUUGCAAGUCACUAACAGUGCCCUCUUGUGUCUUGCAGAAGUUUUUCCUUGCAUUAAGUUGGUAAACUGUUUGGAAUUUGCCAUUCUAGCUAGUGCCAGGAGCUGAUCACUGUCCUGCAGCACUGUUCUUUGGUGACACCAGAUUUUUCUGUCCAUGGGGGUUGUUAAUGUUUUGUUGACUAACUCAGGACGAAAUGCUGAGUCAAGUAGGUGAGUUCAAAUUUGCGUGAAUUAUGUGAUGGUAGCUUGUGUCGAAAAACUGCUCUAUCUUGGUGACAUCAAGCCCCAAAGUCCUGAAAUGUUGUAGGGGAGUAGUUGGAGAAAUUUGAAUCCAAAUUGAAGACAUGAGGAAUUACUUGACAGAAGCUGACUGGAUAGGUAUCAGUAGCAUCAGAUUAAGGCAAGUCCAUUUGAGUUGACAACAGAGGAGAAGUACUGGGGGAGAAUGGUGUGCUCAAAAACUGUAGGAGAGAACAAGUGGUUACCUUGGGAUAACUCUUACAAAAGAUGUAAUUGAAAUGUUCCUAAUUAAAACUAUCCUCCAUUCAUCUGUAGGAUAAUUUGAUUUGAUUUAUUGUCUCAGUAUUUAUUAUAAAUACAGUGGAAAAUGUUGUUUAACAGUUUUGGAUUUUCAUUCCCCAUUAGCUUUUUAUCUUCCUCUUCAACUUGCUCUGUAUUCCUCCCAUAGAGCUGUAUUUUCUUCUGUCUCAAUUGCUUCUGAUAAAACAUACCAUCCUCAUGUUUUACAUGCACCACUCAAAUUUAAAUGCUGCUCAAAUUUGUUAGCUGUCAGAACUUCUGUAUCUGCAAAUUUCAUGUUGCCCUAAAGUACUGUGACAAGGAAAAAAGUUAUAAAUUUUGCACAAUUGAACAAAUGUUUGAGGUUACAAAUAAAGACCGAUCACCACCCCUUG